AUGGCGGAGACGUCGGUGUAUGAGAGUGCGCGGAUGACGCAUGAGGAGAUUGAGCAGUAUGAAAAUGCACUGGUAGACACGCUAAAUCAUCCGCCCAAGGCGUCGUCGCACCGGCUGUUUAUGCAGUGGCAGCUGGCCGCCUCUGAGCUGCUCGACCAGAUGGUGAGCCGGUAUCAGACGCUCGACGACAUGUACGCGGAUGCUACAGGCGACCGAGCGAGAGAGUGGGAGCAGCUCGCACGCGUCGACCCAGCUGACGAAGAGAACGGCCCGCUGAGCGAAUUUUACGCGCGCCUAGAGCACCUGCAGGCCUACUUCCGCAAGUACCCUGAGCGGGCGAUCGCCCUGGAGACGACCGCCACACCCUCGAUCCUCGGCACCCAGGAUGCAUCCAUGUUUGACCUUACGUAUAUGGAACGCCACUUUAGUGGGGAGGAGAUGGGUGGACGUUUCCUGGACUUAUACGAACAGUACGAACAGUUUAUCAACCUCAAAGGAGUCGAGCGGAUCAGCUACCUCGACUACCUCCUGCGACUCGACGAUAUGACGGGUGAAUGUGCCACUAUCCCCAUCGCCACGAAGCGCACGGAAGCCUACAGGACGUACCUCGUCAGCGUGUGCCAAUACCUCAGCUCCUUCCUGCACAAGACGCGCCCCCUGGAAGACAUGGACGAAAUCGAAUCGACGGUACUCGCGCAGUUCGAGCAGGACUGGGAGCAGGGCACGGUCCCCGGCUGGGAAGGGCGGGAGACGGUGCUCUUUGGAGCCAAGGUGCAGCCGGCCGAGGCUGGGAUCUGGUGCCCCGCUUGUCAGCGGUUUUAUGCGAAGCAGACCGUCUACGAUGCGCAUCUGUCGUCAGCCAAACACCUCAAGGCGAGCGCGCGCCUGGAAAGCGGGGCUGCGCCGCCGCGGGUGCCCAAGGAGCAGGACUCGGAGCUAGAGCAGGCGAAGCGGGUCAUGCGCGCCAAGCAACUCGCGCGCGAUGAAGUGCUGAUGCGUGCCUUGGCCAAUGAGCUUGCGACAGUGCGGGAGGAGACACAUGCCAAUGUCGAGCGGAAAGCAUCACUGACGGAGCGCGAGCGCGAGGAGGAGGUCGAGGCGCUCGACGCCGAGAUGGACGAGGCGCUUGAGACGGGGGGUAUGGGCUACGAGGACGUGCCAGAAGAAGGCGCGGGAGUGAGUGAAAAGAUCUACAACCCACUCAAGCUCCCGACGGGCUGGGACGGCAAGCCGAUCCCCUUCUGGAUGUACAAGCUGCAUGGCCUGCGUGUCGAGUACAAGUGCGAAAUCUGCUCGGACCACGUCUACAAGGGCCGCAAAGUGUUUGAGAAGCAUUUUCAAGAGUCCCGGCACGCCUUUGGCAUGCGCGCGCUGGGCCUGCCCAACACGGCGCAGUUCCGCGACGUGACGCGUAUCCAAGACGCGUACGCACUUGCAGAGAAGCUGCAGCUGCAGAAACGGCAAGACACGGUGGACGAGGACGACACGGUCGAGGUGGAAGAUGAAAACGGCAACGCAUAUACCCGCAAGACGUACGACUUGCUCAAGCGGCAGGGGCUGCUGUAG